CCGAAUUUGGUCAUUUCACUCUCUGAUACUGGAAGACACAUUUCGCGCUCUCUAAAGAGGCGUACUGCACACUCUGAAGUCUGAACCUCUCUGUACGUCCUCUACACUCUAUAUUCACUCUCUCUCUCUGUUGCGCGGUCACGUCAGAGACUCGAGGUUUCAGUCGCUUCUUGGGAGAAGGAGAGCCCUAAUUUAUCAUCGACACUCUCAGUCUUCGUCGUUGAAGAACAUUGAUUUCAUCAUCGAAGGUUUCGAAUGGGAGCGGGAAGGAAGAAGCAAACCCUUUUAUUGAAGGAAAAGUCUCAACGUUCGUGGACAGUAAAUUGCAGUGCAAGUGCUAGAAAUCUGUCUAAGAAAGACCUUUGUGCGGUCAUAUUUGGUUGCAAGCACUGUACGAUCAAAGAGUGUUAUUCUAAACAGCUGCUUGGAUUACCUUCUCCCCAUUUCUCUUAUGUGAAGAACAUCAAUCCUGGGUUACCAUUGUUUUUAUUCAACUAUAGUGAUAGGAGGCUUCAUGGUAUUUUUGAGGCUUCAAGUCAUGGGAAACUGAAUAUUGAUCCAUAUGGGUGGACUGAUGGUUCAGAUGAGACCCUAUUUGCUGCACAGGUCAGAUUCCGUAUCCGGAUGCAGUGCCUGUCUUUGACAGAAGCAGAGUUUGGCCCUAUAAUUGCUGACAACUACUAUGAAGCAAAUCUUUUUUGGUUUGAACUAGAUCGUAAUCAAACUGACAAGUUGAUCUCUUUGUUUUCAUCUUCACCCAUCGCAACCGCAACUGGUCGUUCCCUUUCAAACCAUGUGAAGUUUAGCUCUCUCUCAAAUGAUCAAGUCGAUUUGGGGCGUGGCUCCUCUCAAUAUGACCUGGGUCUGGACAGAGAAAAGCCGAGAUUGGAGGCUAUUGUCAGCAACAAUGAAGCCAGAAACAAUGAGUAUAAGGCUGGUCAUACAAAUCCAAGUUCUGGGCUUUCAUGCGCUUCUGUUGUGGAGUGCACGAGUACUAUUAACCGCAACACUGAUCAUUCUGAAGCAGUAUGUGAACACACGUGCUCUUCUGCAGCAGGUGGCAUUAAUAUUUCCCUUCCUCAGAAGUCAUGGAGUUCUUUAUUCAAAAGUAGAACAGACCCUAUUACACAAAAGGAAAUUGAAGAUAGUAAAUUGCAAGCUGGUCAAUUGUCUGAUAUAGAAUGGGAGUCUUCUUGUGUUGGCCCAUGUUGUAAAAAACAGCUGUUGGAAUCUCCAACACAUGAGACGGUUGUAGGAAAGAAUGAUGAUGGCGAAGGUUUGAUAUCCUCUGCCGUUGGAGAUGCUGAUAUUUCUGCUUCUCACAGCGAGUCAAAUGAAACCUUGACUGCUACUGAUACAACACAAGAAUGUGAAGAGCUUAAUACAACAGCUUUGGACGUGGAUCUGCCUUUGAAUCUUGAAUGGAGCUUGCCAUGGGACUUGCCUUGUUUGGAUGGAGAAAGCCAGUUCUUGGAUUCUCCUGAAAAUGAAAAUUUAGGAAAGGGUAAUCACAGAGAUCAGAUCCAAAAUAAUGCAAACUAUGUUGCAGAAACAUCACUAAUAUCUGAAAUGAAACCUUCUGACCUUCAGUGCCUAGUAUGCAAGUUGUUGCAAGAGGUGGAAGAUUUGAAGUCAUCCAAGUCUAUACAAGGUCAAAGAAUCAGUUAUUUGGAGCAGGAAUUGGUUGGGUCUAAAAUUGAAAUACAACAACUGAGAAGAAGGUGCAAGGAAUUGGAUUUUGGAUCACUAGCAUCUAUUGAACUUGCUGAAGACUGUAACCCACACAAGCUGAAAUCAAUCAAUGAGGAACAACUAGGCCUUGAAGAUGCAAUACUUGUAGCUGGAGGAUUUGACGGUUCUUCAUGGCUAUCUUCUUUGGAUUGCUAUCAUCCUCAUAGAGGUCUUCUGAGAUCACUUAGUUCUAUGAGUUCUGUACGGUCUUAUGGUGCAGCAAAGUUAUAUGGUGAACUUUAUAUUCUCGGUGGGGUGGAUUGUAAUUCCUGGCAUAAUACAGUUGAGUCAUACAACCCAGUUUCCAAUCGAUGGGUUAGCCGUCCUCCAUUGAAUCGAAGUAAGGGAGGCUUAGCUGGAGUAAUGUCGCGGGAAAGGAUUUUUGCGAUUGGUGGUGGAAAUGGAGUUGAUUACUUCGCAGAGGUGGAGAUGUUGGAUCUAAAUGUUGGAAGGUGGAUCCCUAUACGUUCACUUUUACAGAAGCGAUUUGGCGCUGCCGCCGCAGAACUUAAUGGCACAAUUUAUGUUGUUGGAGGAUAUGAUGGUACAACUUACUUGAACUCACUUGAGAGAUUCGAUCCUCGAGAAUAUUAUGGUAAAAAUCUUGGGAGCAUGGCUGCAUCGAGAGGGUGCCAUUCUUUGGUUGUUUUGAAUGAGAAAUUGUAUGCUAUUGGCGGCUACGACGGAGUUAGAAUGGUUCCGACGGUUGAGAUCUUUGACCCUCGUGUUGGUUCAUGGAUGAUGGGGGAUUCCUUGAACGAGGUUAGGGGAUACUUUGGAGCUGUUGUGAUGGGAGAUGGGAUUUAUGCCAUUGGGGGUAUGAAGAAUAAUAAUGAAGUUUCGGACACGGUGGAGUAUUACAAGGAGGGCCAUGGCUGGUGGGUGACGGACCGGAAAACACUUGGCAAACGGUGCUACUUCUCUUCCAUUGCCCUGUAAGUUUUGAGGUCAUGAAACAACACAAGUAGUCUGCUUUUAUUGCUAAAAACAUGUAAAUGGACAUAUUAACAUAUUUAGUCUGAGUUGUAGGUGGUGAAACAGCUAGAAUGUGAAGACGUAAUGGACAUUAACAUAUUGGUAGACUUAGUGGUGA